ACACCCCCGGCCGACCCGGCCAGCGAGCGAGCGCCGAGCCCCGGCGUCCAUGGGGCGCCUCCUCCGUGCGGCCCCGACCCCCGCCUGCGGCGCGCGCCUGCCCUGACCUGGACUUAGGACUUCGGAAGAGGAUUGCGCGGCCGGGACAGGUGUUGCAGAGCACAAUGGCUGAACAACUCCUUCCCCAGGCUUUGUAUUUGAGCAACAUGCGGAAAGCUGUGAAGAUACGAGAGAGAACUCCAGAAGAUAUAUUUAAGCCUACCAAUGGGAUCAUUCACCAUUUUAAAUCCAUGCACCGAUACACACUAGAAAUGUUCAGAACUUGCCAGUUUUGCCCACAAUUUCGGGAGAUCAUCCACAAAGCUCUCAUUGACAGAAAUAUCCAGGCCUCCCUCGAAAGCCAGAAGAAGCUCAACUGGUGUCGAGAAGUCAGGAAGUUGGUGGCGCUGAAAACGAAUGGUGAUGGAAACUGCCUCAUGCAUGCUGCUUCUCAGUAUAUGUGGGGUGUUCAGGACACAGACCUGGUCCUGAGGAAGGCACUCUUCAGCACUCUCAAGGAGACGGAUACACGCAACUUUAAAUUCCGCUGGCAGCUGGAGUCUCUUAAGUCUCAGGAAUUUGUGGAAACGGGGCUUUGCUAUGACACUCGGAAUUGGACCGAUGAAUGGGACAGCCUUGUCAAAAUGGCAUCCACAGACACACCCGUGGCCCGAGGUGGACUUCAGUAUAACUCCCUGGAAGAAAUACACAUAUUUGUCCUUUGCAACAUCCUCAGAAGGCCAAUCAUUGUCAUUUCAGACAAAAUGCUGAGAAGUUUGGAAUCGGGUUCCAAUUUUGCUCCCUUGAAGGUGGGAGGGAUUUACCUGCCUCUCCACUGGCCAGCUCAGGAGUGCUACCGAUACCCCAUCAUUCUCGGCUACGACAGCCAGCACUUUGUACCCCUGGUGACCCUAAAGGACAGCGGACCUGAAAUCCGAGCUGUUCCACUAGUUAACAGAGAGCGAGGAAGAUUUGAAGACUUAAAAGUUCACUUUUUGACGGAUCCUGAAAACGAGAUGAAGGAAAAGCUCUUGAAAGAGUACUUGAUGGUGAUUGAAAUCCCUGUCCAAGGCUGGGACCAUGGCACCACCCAUUUGAUCAAUGCCGCAAAGCUAGAUGAAGCCAACUUACCCAAAGAAAUAAAUCUGGUAGAUGAUUACUUUGAACUUGUCCAGCACGAGUACAAGAAAUGGCAGGAGAACAAUGAGCAGGAGCGGAGAGAGAUGCAUGCUCAGAAUCCUUUGGAACCUUCCAUUCCACAGCUUUCUCUCAUGGACAUAAAAUGUGAAACCCCCAACUGCCCUUUCUUCAUGUCGGUGAACACGCAGCCGCUGUGCCACGAGUGCUCAGAGAGGCGGCAAAAGACCCAAAGCAAAUCCUCAAAGCUGCACUCCAAGCCAGGCCCUGAGGUGCUCCCUGGCAUGGCCCUCGGGGCUUCCCGGGGCGAGGCCUAUGAGCCCGUGGGCUGGAGCCCCGAGGAGCCGGCUGGGGGGCCUCGUUCGGCCCCUCCGACGGCACCCAGUCUCUUCCUGUUCAGCGAGACCACUGCUAUGAAGUGCAGGAGCCCCGGCUGCCCUUUCACACUGAAUGUGCAGCACAACGGAUUUUGUGAGCGCUGCCACAACGCCCGGCAGCUGAACGCGGGCCACCCCUCGGACGGCACGAGGCACUUGGACCCCGGUAAGUGCCGAGCCUGCCUGCAGGACGUCACCAGGACGUUUAAUGGAAUCUGCAGUACUUGCUUCAAAAGGACUACGGCAGAGCCCUCCUCGGGCCUCAACUCCAGCAUCCCUCCUUCCUGUCACCAGAGGUCCAAGUCAGACCCCUCGCAGCUCAUCCAGAGUCUCUCCCCACAUUCUUGCCACAGAGCCGGGACCGAGGCUCCCUCUGGCUGCCUCUCUCAGGCCACGCGGACUCCGGGGGACGGGACGGGGACGAGCAAGUGCAGAAAAGCCGGCUGCAUGUAUUUUGGGACUCCAGAAAACAAAGGCUUCUGCACGCUGUGUUUCAUCGAGUACAGAGAAAACAAACAUUUUGUCAGUGCCUCCGCGAAAGCCAGUCCCACAGCCCCCAGGUUCCAGAAUGCUGUCCCCUGCCUGGGCAGGGAAUGUGGCACCCUGGGAAGCACCGUGUUUGAAGGAUACUGUCAGAAGUGUUUCAUCGAAGCUCAGAGUCAGAGAUUUCACGAAGCAAAAAGGACCGAAGAGCAACUGAGGUCGAGCCAGCGCAGAGACGCGCCUCGAAGCACGGCGAGCGCCUCCAGGCCCAAGUGUGCCCGGGCCUCCUGCAAGAACAUUCUAGCCUGCCGCAGCGAGGAGCUCUGCAUGGAGUGCCAGCACCUCGGGCAGCGAGUGGGCGCGGGGGCCCACCGGGGCGAGCCAGCUCCCGAGGAGCCCCCCAAACAGCGCUGCCGGGCCCCCGCCUGCGAUCACUUCGGCAACGCCAAGUGUAGCGGCUACUGCAACGAGUGCUUCCAGUUCAAGCAGCUGUACGGCUGA